GCUGCGGAGAGGAAGUGAGAGUGCGAGGCCUCGUCCGCCAUUGUGAAGAAGAGAGAGCCCGUCCAGAGCGAGAGUCUGAGCCCGGGGGGCGAGGAGCGCCAAAGAGAGGAGGCCGCCGCGGUCCCCACCGCUCCCCCUGUGUCCCCACACACAGACACGGCGCCACAUUAGUGUCCUGUAGGUGUAUACACACAUAUACGUUACUCUGUAGCUACGCCUGGCAGUUCUCUAGAAUACCCGGCGGCACGAAUGUCUUUCUAGCCGUAUGUAUAGGUCUGUGCUGUACCUAGCCCCCGCAGGCCUGCUGUAGACGCACACAGACGCCUAGAGAGCAGCAGCUGGAGAGUCACUUACAGGGAGGGAUCACACGGCGGCUCCCGGUCAUCUCUGGCUCCACAGGAGAAUGUCUGCGACCAGCGUGGAUCAGAGACCUAAAGGACAGGGAAACAAAGUUGCAGUACAGAACGGUUCAAUGCAUCAGAAAGAUGCAGUAAACGAUGAUGACUUUGAGCCAUAUCUAACCAGCCAGACGAAUCAGAGUAAUAGCUAUCCACCAAUGUCAGACCCUUACAUGCCUAGUUAUUAUGCUCCAUCCAUUGGAUUUCCUUACUCCCUUGGGGAGGCAGCAUGGUCAACCGCGGGAGACCCACCAAUGCCGUACUUGUAUGGACAGAUGAGCAAUGGAGAACACCACUACAUACCGGAUGGAGUGUUUAGUCAGCCUGGCGCUUUGGGGAACACUCCUCCUUUCCUAAGCCAGCAUGGGUUUAACUUUUUUCCUGGGAAUGCAGACUUCUCCACAUGGGGGACAAGUGGAUCUCAGGGACAAUCGACUCAAAGUUCUGCCUAUAGCAGCAGCUACGGAUACCCCCCUAGUUCCCUUGGUAGAGCCAUUACUGAUGGCCAAGCUGGUUUUGGCAAUGAUACUUUAAGUAAAGUACCAGGGAUUAACAGCAUCGAGCAAGGAAUGACAGGACUGAAGAUUGGCGGGGACAUGACUGCUGCUGUAACAAAAACUGUUGGCUCAGCCUUGACUAGUGCAGGAAUGACUAGUAUAGCCGCAAAUAGCGUGCCUCCAGUUAGCAGUUCUGCACCCAAACCAACCUCUUGGGCUGCCAUUGCUCGAAAGCCAGCAAAACCUCAGCCUAAACUUAAACCGAAGGGCAAUAUGGGUAUUGGUAGCCCUGCAGUUCCUCCACCGCCUAUAAAACACAACAUCAAUAUUGGAACUUGGGAUGAUAAGGGGGCUGUGGUAAAGACCCCUCUUGCUCAGCCAAUUCUGCCUCCUCAGCCUGUAAUUCAGCAGCCUCAGCCAUUAACGCAACCUCUACCCAUGGUGCAAAACCAACUGCCUCAACAGCAGCUUCAGCAGCAACAAGGACCUCAGCAGCCGCCCCUGACACACCAGGUGCAGCAGCAGCUUCAGAACCGCUGGGUGGCACCUAGGAACCGGGGCGUAGGCUUCAAUCAGAACAAUGUAUCUGGAAAUGAGAACUUUAGCCUAGGUGUUGUGCCUGUCAGCUCCUCACCAGGUGUUGAGGUUCACCCUGUACUGGAGAAAUUGAAGGCCAUAAACAACUAUAAUCCCAAAGACUUUGACUGGAGUCUGAAAAAUGGGCGCGUGUUCAUAAUCAAAAGCUACUCCGAGGACGAUAUUCACCGCUCUAUCAAGUACUCAAUCUGGUGCAGUACUGAGCAUGGCAAUAAGCGUUUGGAUGCUGCUUACCGAUCCUUGAAUGGUAAAGGGCCACUUUAUUUACUCUUCAGCGUAAAUGGGAGUGGACAUUUUUGUGGAGUCGCAGAGAUGAAGUCUGUUGUAGACUAUAAUGCGUAUGCUGGAGUCUGGUCACAAGACAAGUGGAAGGGAAAGUUUGAAGUCAAAUGGGUCUUUGUCAAAGACGUUCCCAACAACCAACUGCGACACAUUCGUUUGGAAAACAACGACAAUAAGCCUGUUACCAACUCAAGGGACACUCAAGAGGUACCCCUAGAAAAAGCCAAGCAAGUCCUUAAAAUAAUUGCGACUUUCAAGCAUACAACCUCUAUCUUUGAUGACUUUGCACAUUACGAGAAGCGUCAAGAAGAGGAGGAAGCCAUGCGUAGGGAGAGAAAUCGAAACAAACAAUAAUUAGAUGGAGUUAAUCUUUCUGUAAAACACUAAUGAUGCAGACUCUGGAAAUCGCCUACUUUGUGGAAGAAAACCUAAUUAAUGCAUUUUAUUUCUGCUUCUGGCAACGUCCUUGAACACUUUAGCAUAAAAUUGACUUUUUUUUUUUUCUUCCCCUUCCUCCUUUGUAAAUUUUUUAUUUUAUUAUUUUUAUUUUUUCAUCAGUGCAUUGCCCUUGUACUCAUCACCAAACACUUGAGAACUUGUCAAGCACUUUCUGUCCUGAAGCUUUUAACCAAUAUCUGCUGUCGUUUUUGUAAUCAAGCUGCGGCGCGGGAGUCCCAUUGAACGCAAGGAUUCCUUUGUCCCUUUUUUUUUUUUUUUGUGUCCAUUACUAACUCUUAGGAAAGUGGUUAGUUAAUGAGAUUGAGAAUUAUCUCUUCAUUCAUUUUAUUUAAAAUUUUUCUUUUUUGCUUUUUAUAAAUAUUUUUUUAUUUUGUUAGCUGCUGGUAAAAUGAAAAAGAAAUCAUGCCGUCUUUAAAUCAUGAGUUCAAAGAAUAGUCGUCUCGAGAAUUUUUGUAGUGACAUCCCUAUGGUAAAUGAAGUCUUAUACUGUGUUGCCAUAGGUGCCCUUUGUUUUAGUGUUAGGAAUCAAUGCAGCUUUGUGGCAACCUCCUGUUUAAUGCACAUCUAUACUUCUGUAAGACUGAGCGGGCACUUCUCUGGGUUCACACACCAUUUUUAAUGCAUGCCUCCCAUUUCAGACGCUAAAAUGAGAACAUAUAUCCUUAGGAUAGGUCAUCAAUAACCGAUUGGAGGGGGUCCGACACCUGGUACCCACUCAUCAGCUGUCCAGAAUGAACACAGACAAUGGAACAGGAAGCAGGCAGCGCCGUACAUUAUGUAUUGGCUACACAGUGGUCGGAGCUGUGCUUCUGGGUUCGUUCUCUGUGUUUGUUCUGACAGUUGCUAUGAACAGCUGAUUGGUGGAGAUGCCGAAUAUCGGAUCCCCACUCAUCUAUUAUUGAUGACCUAUCCUUGGGAUAGGUCGUCAGCAUCUAUAACCCAGAAACCCCCCAUCCUUUAAGCUUUCGUAUUCAGUACUUUAAUCCUGAUCACAUCCAACCAGAUUCAGUCGUUGACCUAAAGCAAUAGUGUGCUGAAGAUUUCAUAACAGGGGGACAAUUAUCCUGAGAGAAUUAAAGAAUUUAUCCCAUCUUGCCGUUUCCACAGAGCGAUGGGACGAAGCAUUGACCCUAGGUGGUCGGGCUUACGGACACAGACGAGUGGAACAGUGCGCCGCUGUUUGUGUUUUCCGUUGUAUUAAAUGGCAACUACACAA